AUGUUUUCUGGAAUGACCCAUUUCCAACCGACACAGGGUAAAGAUGAGAAAAUCCCAGAUGUACAAGAAAGUGUUCCAGAUGCCGUUGACUUUUUUGGCCACAGACAAUCGAAGGAACAAUCCUUGGAACAUGAUUUGAAAAGCUGUGAAAUUCCAAAGUCUGAAGCAAAGAAGAAAUUAAAAGAUGGUGGGGGUGAUGAAGAUAGGAAGAAGAAAAGAAAUAAAAAGAGAAAAAGAGGUAUGUUUAAAGGUGAUCCACAGUCCGAUCUGUGCAUGUGCACAAAUGAGCCCACUUUUUAUGAUACAAACAGUUUAACUAUAUUUUGAGUUCUUGAAAAGCCUGAUUGUUGUUUCUUGAUCAUUUAUUAUACUCUAGAAGCUUGAAAAUAUAAAUAGUUGUCGAAUAAAGCUCAAUAUUUUGGACACAAAAAUAUGUAAACAAAGGCUUUGUUUACAUACAGACUGUAGAUCACCUUUAAAAUUUCAAACUUGGAAUUUCCAUCUACAAAAUCCUUCUGCAAUUACUUGUAUAUUAAUACACAUCUGCAUCUAGGGUUUAGGUGGGGUUUAGGUUAGGAGUGCCCAGUACCACUGUGCACCCCCUCCCCAUCAAAAUAUGUGUGUGAGAGCUAGCUAGGUGCCUACCCCUGCUUUCACAAGCAUUUGCAAAGUGUAGAACUUGAAAAAUAUUUGUAUGACUUCUGAUGAUGUCUGUGGACUCUCACCCUUCACUGAAAAAUUAUGGAACUACUCAGGUUAAAAAUCUUAAUUACUUUAUCAACAAUAACAGAAGAUUGGAGUCAUAUGGCCACUAAUCUGGAUGUACCUCCAGACUUCAAUAGAUAUGUCUGUUUUUCAUAUUUUCUCAAGAAAAUGACAAUUCAGAAGUGGAUGAAGAGCAAAGUCACAAAAAGAAAGAAAAACACAGCAUUGAAAAAUUAGCUGAGCUGCAAAAAGAAAAGGUUUGUUGAACAAAUCAAAGAAUAAUUGUGCAAAUGAAUGAAAGCAUUUAAAAACAGAUUUUAAAGCUGGUAUACGGACCAAGUAAAAUCGUCUGGCAUUAGACAGAGUAAAAUAAUCUGGCAUUAGACAGAGUAAAAUAGUAAAGUAGGGUACACCAGUGCACAUUGCCACUGAAAGGUUUAAAUUUUAUUUUUUCAGGUGAAUGCAUUUCGAAACAAACAUCACAUCUACGUAAAUGGAUCAGACAUUCCUGAUCCAAUUGAGUGUUUUACAGAUCUUGACACACAGUAAGUUUUUAUAAGACACAUUUUCAGAACACAACUUCUUGAUGUACCUGGUGUAAACUUCUUGAAAUGGAACACAUUCUGCGCUCUGUGAAACCUUGCAUAUCUGAUGAUUCUUGUUCGUUCUUUAGAUAUUCAUUACCACACUACAUUCUUAAUAAUGUUUUGGAAUCAGGCUAUGCUCAACCUACUCCAAUUCAAAUGCAGGCGAUACCUUUACUCUUGCAGGUGAGUCAUGUUGAACUAUUAUCUAGUUCAUUGGUAAUAGACUGCAUGAUCAAAUAUGACUUUGAAAGGGAAGGAAGGAGACUAGCGACUUUCAAAGACAGCACAGAAAUGUGUUAAUUUGUGUCCAAUGAAUGUCUACAUCUUUUCAAAUAUUCCUAGGACCGUGAGCUACUGGCUUGUGCUCCCACUGGUUCAGGAAAAACUGCUGCAUUUAUCUUACCUGUUUUGUAUCACCUAAAGGUAAUGCACCUUGGAUAAUAAUAAACUGGAUAAUAAAUCAACAUUAUUUUCCUUUAAGAUUUCUUUCAUUACAAUAUGUUUGUCAAGAUCUGAUGCUCAUUUUGCAUUAUUGAAUUGCCAUUAUAAUAGAUUAUUUUGUUUAUGUGUUAAGUUCAUUGAUAUAAUUUUGUGUAUUUCUAUCUUUGAAAUUUUCCCCUUGGGGGAAAGUCAGUACAAAGAUAUAUUAACAAAGAUUUUUCUGUGGUGUAGGAACCAAAGAAGUGUGGCUUUAGAUGCGUUGUGGUCUCACCCACCAGAGAACUAGCACAGCAAGUAUGUUACAGAAUACCUUCUUUAGAUGGUUAACACCUUAGAUGGUUAAUUGUCUGGCACUAGACAGAGUAAAAUAAUAAAGUAGAUUUAGUAGGGCACAUCAGGAUACACAUAAGCUAAACUAAAGUUUUGCACCCUACAUUAUCAUGUAUUUUGUCUAAUGCCAGACAAAUUUGAGUUUGUCACUCAAUGGGUUAAUUUUUAUUGUAGUACACUCUAAUGGACCAUUUGCAUUAUAGACUAAAUUUUGAUCUAAACAAGUCUAGACAAAAAUUUCAUCACAGCUUGAAAGAGCAUCACAAAAUUAGUAAUAUUCCAAAGUUUCGUUGCGAAAUGUUGUAAAGUGCGGAUAAUAUAGCCUUGCGAAGUUUGCCGUUUUUCAGUCAUUUUCUAUUACAAACGGGAAAUUGACAGCCCCAAAGGGUAUUGAGCUGUCAAUUUCCCCCGCGUAAUGCAAAAUGACUGAAAAACGGCAAACUUCGCAAGGCUAUGUUAUCCGCAUUUUACAACAUUUCGCAACGAAACUUUGGAAUAUUACUAAUUUUGUGAUGCUCUUGUCAAAGUGUCAUGAAAUUUUUGUCUAGACUUGUUUAGAUCAAAAUUUAGUCUAUAAUGCAAAUGGUCCAUUCUUGCUGUUAUUUCAGAUUUAUCGAGAGUUUUGUCGUCUGUCAAAAGGAAAGGCACUGCGGAUUCACAUUUUAACGAAAGCAAAGGCAAAUGCAAACAACUUCGGACCUAAAUCUUCAAAACGUUUUGGUAAGAUAUUGUGAACUUUUCCACAGUACAUGACAAUCACCUUACAGGUGUUUGGAUUGGUUGGUCAAUGGGACGGUUGGUUGGUUAGUAGGAUAGUUGGUCAGUCAGUUGGUCAAGCAAUUAUUUGGUUGGUUACUUAUAAAUAGUCAGUCUUUCAGUUAGUAAGUCACAAUCCUAGUUCUCUGUGUAACCAUAUAUUAUGGUUUGCAUAUUUCUAGAUAUUUUGGUUACCACCCCAAACAGACUUGUGCACAUGCUUCAACAAGAUCCUCCUGCUAUACAGUUGGACAGCGUGGAAUGGUUGAUCCUUGACGAGGCAGACAAACUCUUUGAAAAAGGGAAGGAUGGUUUUCGAGAUCAGGUCAGUAGAAAGAUCAUCAAACUAUGUAAACAGGAGUGUGGCCAGCCCCAAACGAGUGGGGGGGGGUAUAAUUUUAUGUCAUAGAUGAAAGAAUUACAAAAUUGGUCCUGAAUAGAAGUGGACAGGAAGAGCAUUCCCUCCAUUCCCCUCUGUGGCUACGCCUUUGCGUGUGAACAAAUACAUCACGAAAUAAUGCAACAGAAAUGACUUCCACUACUCUGUUUAAUAGCCACGGAAUAAUGCAACCGAGAUAACUUCCACUACUCUGUUUAAUAGCCAUGAAAUAAUGCAACAGAGAUAACUUCCUCUACUCUGUUUAAUAGCCACGAAAUAAUGCAACAGAGAUGACGUCCACUACUCUGUUCAUUUUUCAAUACCCCUUGUCAACUCGAUAGCGUUUUUGUAUGAUCUUCAGAUUGCUACAAUCUAUCAAGCAUGUUCCAAUCCAAAGAUCAAGAGAGCAUUAUUCAGUGCAACGUUAUCAAACGGAAUUGAAGAAUGGACCAGAGUUCACCUAGAUAAUGUUGUGAGAAUUACAGUAGGAGUAAGGUUUGUACUUAUUCAUCGCAGUACAAGUAAUAGCUGGUUUCAAUCAGCACUAUCGCGUAGCACAAGGUGGGUCAACCUGCGAAUCUUGGACUGAUAUUUGGCGUAUUUGUACGUGUAGGAAUUCUGCGACGGAAACAGUUGAACAAGAACUUUUGUUUGUUGGACAGGAAUCUGGAAAACUCAUUGCAAUCCGAGAUAUUAUACAAAAGGUUUUU